CUGAAUUGAUCAAAGUUGUAAACAAAUGAGGUUGCAUGCAACCUUCUGCAGCGAAAUCUCAUUCCUGGUUGAUGUAUUUUUAAGCCUCGUAAUUUGUACAUACUGUUGCUAUUGUCUUCAAACGAAUUGUAUGGGCGUAAUAUCACGUAGAAUACAUAUAACAGUUCCAUAAUGGCACUUAAUAUACAGAAAAGAGCGUUUGAGAGAAUGUUCUGUCGGUAUGGAUCACGACUUGGCAAUAUUUUCACAAAUACAACAGACUCAACAGUAACAGAGAGGACCCCGCUGUCAUCUGGAACAAACCCUUGGAAACGAAUGGCUUGUCAAUCUUUCAGCUCACAUUCUGACCCAUUAGGCGUAGAGGGAAGAAUCAACCGAUCCUCUGAGAGUCAACGACAAAGACAAGCAAAGGGUUUGCCGAAAAGGUUGCCAAUACCGGGAGUGGACCAUGUUAUUGCAGUUGCCUCUGGCAAAGGUGGUGUAGGAAAAUCAACUACUGCUGUUAAUUUGGCAGUUGCCUUGUCUCAAGCUCAGCAAGGUAUCAAAGUUGGGAUUCUGGAUGCGGACAUAUAUGGACCUUCAAUUCCAACCCUUAUGAAUCUGUCUGGCCAGCCAGAAUUGAACCAUCAAAAACUCAUGAUACCUUUGGUCAACUAUGGAAUAAAGUGCAUGUCCAUGGGUUUUCUUGUGGAUGAGAAAGCGGCUAUCGUAUGGAGAGGACUUAUGGUCAUGUCAGCGGUACAGAAGCUGUUAAGAGAGGUGCUCUGGGGUCCCCUGGAUUACCUCAUUGUGGACAUGCCACCUGGCACAGGUGACGUCCAGCUGUCCAUCUCUCAGAAUAUUCCUGUCUCAGGUUCAGUCAUCGUCACCACUCCGCAAGAUCUGGCUUUGAUGGAUGCUCAUCGCGCUGUUACCAUGUUCUCUCAAGUGGGCAUUCCCAAUCUGGGAGUCAUUGAAAACAUGAGUGUGUUUGUCUGCCCGUCUUGUGGACACCACGAACACAUAUUUGGUCAGCACGGUGCUCAAAACUUGACCGCUGAGACUGGAACAGAGAUUUUAGGUGAAGUGCCCCUAACACGCUCGAUUCGAGAACUUUCAGACUCAGGGCAGCCCCUCGUGAUUGCUGAACCAGACAGUCUAGAGAGCAAAGUUUACAAAUCUAUUGCUGCUAAAGUAAUAUCAAAGCUGACAAUUGAAGAAUCUGCCUCAUGACCUUCACCAUCAGUAGCUGUACAUUAUGUUUUUCAACCUGUGAUUAAAUAGAUACCCAAGUGACCCAUCUUA